AGACUGGGGAGGGCAGCCAAGCCCAGCUUCUAUCAAGAAGGAAACAUCAACAUUGGUGGGGUCUUCUCUUUACACAGCCAACCCAGGGAAAGAGACAUGCAAUUCACAGGAACACCAGAGCCUGUGGACUGUGUACGAGUUAAUUUCAGAGAAUACCGACUGGCACAGACCAUGAUCUUCACCAUUGAAGAAAUAAACAACAGAACUGACCUCCUACCAGGUGUAUCUCUUGGAUAUAAGAUAUAUGACACCUGUGCUUCGUCAACAAUCUCUUUACGGUCAGCCAUGGCCUUGAUGAAUGGUUAUGAGGAAACACUGACUGACACAUCUUGCUUCACACCAGCAGUAGUGCAGGCUAUCAUCGGGGAAUCUGGAUCUACUAACACAAUUGCAAUAUCCGCAACAGUUGGAUUACUUCAAAUUCCAGUGAUCAGCCACUUUGCUACAUGUGCAUGUCUGAGCAACAGAAAAGAGUUUCCCACAUUCUUCAGAACCAUUCCCAGUGACUAUUACCAGAGCAGAGCAUUGGCUCAGCUGGUGAAACACUUUGGCUGGACCUGGGUUGGAGCAGUGAGGAGUGACAGUGACUAUGGCAACAACGGAAUGGCUACAUUUAUAAAAGCUGCUCAACAAGAAGGGAUCUGCAUUGAGUAUUCUGAGAAAUUUCAUAGAACAGAACCAGAAAAAUUACUGAAGGUUGUAGAUGUUAUCAAAAGAGGUACUGCAAAUGUAAUUAUAGCAUUUCUUGCUCAGGGAGAGAUGAACCACUUAUUGGAGCAGCUGAUCUUUCAGAAUAUUACUGGUCUCCAAAUGGUAGGCAGUGAGGCCUGGAUAACAGCAAGCAAUCUAGUGACACCUACAAGUUUCCGAAUACUGGGAGGGUCAAUCGGUUUUGCGGUAAGCAAAGCCAAAAUAAAUGGAUUGAAGGAGUUUGUACUGAAGCUUCAUCCUUCACAAAACCCAGACAACAGUGAUAUUGUGGACUUUUGGGAAACUGCUUUUCAAUGUUCUCUGACCAAUGGAGUAAAUCUACCUCACAUUAAUCCCUGCACUGGAUCUGAGAGCUUGAGUGAACUGGAAAACCAAUACACUGAUGUAUCAGAGCUGAGAAUCUCCAACAAUGUUUACAAAGCAGUAUAUGCUGUUGCCCAUUCUCUACAUGACCUGCUGGCAUGUACAGCCCAUCAAGGCUGCACAAACAGUAUGAAACCAGAACCCUGGAAGGUCCUUCUGGCUCUGAAAAAAGUCAACUUCACUUUAGGAUCUGGGGAGCAUGUCUCCUUUGACAGUAAUGGAGACCCAGUAGCCAGAUAUGAGGUGGUGAACUGGCAGCUUGGUCCUGAUGGAGCAGUAGAGUUCAGAGUCAUUGGCAAUUAUGAUGCUUCGUUACCACCUGGUCAGCAGUUUUUGAUGCGUCCUGUUACUAUGGUUUGGGCAGGUGGGCAAAAAGAGAAACCUAGGUCUGUGUGCAGUGAGAGCUGUCCUCCAGGCACUCGGAAGGUCAUGCAGAGAGGAAAGCCUGUCUGCUGCUAUGACUGUGUGCCCUGUGCUGAGGGAGAAAUCAGCAAUGCUACAGAUUCUAAUAACUGCAAUCAGUGUCCAGAAGCCUACUGGUCCAAUUCCAAAAGAGAUCAGUGUGUUUUAAAGGCAGUUGAAUUUUUGUCCUUUCAUGAAAUCAUGGGAAUCAUACUUGUCAUUUUUUCACUACUUGGAGCAUGUGCAACUGUACUUGUGGCUGUGCUGUUCUUUAUAAAGAAGGAUACCCCCAUUGUGAAAGCCAACAAUUCUGAGCUGAGCUUCCUGCUGCUCUUUUCAUUGAAAUUAUGUUUCCUUUGCUCUCUUACCUUCAUCGGACGGCCCUUUGAUUGGUCCUGUAUGCUGCGCCACACUGCAUUUGGGAUCACAUUUGUCCUCUGCAUCUCUUGUGUUCUGGGGAAAACAAUAGUGGUGUUAAUGGCCUUCAGGGCUACACUUCCAGGAAGUGAUGUCAUGAAGUGGUUUGGGCCUCCCCAGCAGAGACUGAGUGUUCUUGCUUUCACUUUCACACAGGUCCUGAUUUGUGUGCUUUGGUUAACAAUAUCCCCUCCUUUCCCCAACAAGAACAUGAAGCACUACAAGGAAAAGAUCAUUCUAGAAUGUGAUGUCGGAUCAGCACUGGGGUUCUGGGCUGUGCUGGGUUAUAUUGGACUCCUCUCUAUAUUGUGUUUUGUUUUAGCUUUCCUGGCUCGUAAGCUGCCUGACAACUUCAAUGAAGCCAAAUUCAUUACAUUCAGCAUGCUCAUAUUCUGUGUAGUCUGGAUCACCUUUAUACCAGCUUAUGUCAGCUCACCUGGAAAGUUCACUGUAGCUGUUGAAAUAUUUGCCAUUUUAGCUUCCAGUUUUGGUUUGCUUUUCUGUAUUUUUGCACCUAAGUGUUACAUCAUUUUGUUCAAACCUGAAUUAAACUCAAGAAAACAUGUGAUGGGCAAGAUGCCCUCAAAAUCUCUGUAG